AUGAACAGCUCUGCAAGAACUAAAAUUGAAGGAGGGAUAUUGGACUACACGCUAGUAGCGGACAGUGCCUAUGGUUUGAGGCCCUACAUCUACUCACCCUACCGUGCCCUUCCCGGUCGCGCACUUCCCGACGAGCAACGAGUCUGGAACCUCCAGCAGUCCCGCACUCGAAUGAUCGUGGAGCAGGUGAACGGGAGGCUGAAGACCAAAUGGCGCAUCCUGGACGGGCGCCUCGAGUGCGACGUCUUCCGCGCCCCGCAGGUCGUCUCCGCCUGCAUCGUGCUUCACAACAUCGACCUCAUCCUCGACUUUCGUCACCGCCUGAACGAACCUCGUGAGCGCAACACUUGGUGGCUGGAAGGACCCGUUGCGGAAGCCCCGCAUUUCUCGCCGCGCGAUGCGGGCUUUACUCCGACUCGUCGUCGAUCUCGCCUGGCGGAGUACUUCUACGCUUCCUGGAGGCUCGGGCAUCCUGAGCUCUCUCAACCAUCUCUUGGCACUGAAUCACUUGAGUUCAUGUGGUUACCAACACCACCUCCCAUUGUGUCGUUGCCCGAAUGUUCCUCUUCGGCUGCCGCAGGCCCAGGCCGGCGGGAGACACCGCGGCCACGGAGCGCGACACCCGCGUUCGCGUCGACGACGCGUGAACGGGAUGGAGAUGCAGUGGCGGUGGCAGCGGCAGGGGACACGUCCGGCGCAAGCGCAGACGUAGACGGAGACGAAAACGGCUCGCGCGAAGGGGAGUGA